CGGUGGGAAACUGUCGGUCGCUAAUGUCUGCAACACCCGGUGUUUGAGUUGUGGGAUGGAGUUUCGUUGACAGACAGUAACAAUACGUGACAUUUGUAUUUAGUGUCUCUGUCUUCGUACGCAGCGACAUCGGGAGGACUCCCCAGUGCAACAUGGCGGAUACUAUUAUCGUCAGGGUACAAUCCCCAGAUGGCAUGAAGAAAAUUGCUUCUUCCAAGAGGGACACUGCUACUGCUUUUUUAAAGAAGGUGGCCAACGAGUUUGGGUUAAAUUCCGAGUUUUCUGUUUACCUGAACCGCAACAAGACCGAAGAGCUCCUUUCCCAGAACAAAACGCUGAGCCUGCUUAAGAUCAAGCAUGGCGACAUGCUGUAUCUGGUCCCUUCAGGAUCCCCUUCCACCUCGGGGGAGGUGAUGGACACGGCCACCCCGCAGACAUCUUCAUCCCUACCAUCCGUCUCAACUGCCUCAUCCUCCUCUUCGUCCUCCAUGAUCCCCCGGUCCUUCUCAGCGCCCCAGGUCCAGGAGGACGAGAUCGAUCAGUAUCUGUCCAAACAAGACGGCAAGAUCUACAGGAACAAAGAUCCACAGCUAUGUCACCACGGUUCCCUUGGAAAAUGUGUGCACUGUGUACCGUUAGAGCCUUUCGAUGAAGACUACCUGAAUCACCUCGACCCACCAGUGAAGCACAUGUCAUUCCACGCAUAUCUCCGGAAAUUGACCGGUGGAGCUGAUAAAGGGAAGUUUGCAGCUCUGGAGAACCUCAGCUGUAAGAUCAAGUCGGGCUGUGAGGGCCACCCUCCCUGGCCCGAGGGGAUCUGCACCAAGUGCCAGCCCAGCGCCCUCACCCUCAACAGACAGAAAUACAGACACGUGGACAACAUCAUGUUUGAGAACCACACCAUCGCUGACCACUUCCUGGACUUCUGGAGGAAGACGGGCAGUCAGAGGAUGGGAUACUUGUACGGCAGGUUCACUGAGAAAAAAGACAUCCCUCUGGGCAUCAGAGCCGAGGUGGCCGCCAUCUACGAGCCGCCACAGAACGCCAGUCAGAACAGCCUGGAGCUGGUGGACGAUCCUAAAGCUGCAGCUGUGGACGAAAUCGCCGCCAAACUGGGCCUGACCAAGGUGGGCUGGAUCUUCUCUGACCUGCUCUCUGAGGACACGAGGAUAGGAACCGUCCGCUACACGAGAAACAAUGACUCACACUACCUGAGCGCAGAGGAGUGCAUCACCGCCGGAUACUUCCAGAAUCUACAUUCAAACCCCUGCAGACUCUCCAGAGACGGACAUUUUGGCUCCAAAUUUGUGACCGUGGUGGCAACAGGGGGUCCAGAUAACCAGGUGCACUUUGAAGGAUAUCAGGUGUCCAAUCAGUGCAUGGCUCUGGUCAGAGACGAGUGCCUGCUGCCCUGCAAAGACGCUCCGGAGCUGGGCUACGCUAAAGAGUCCAGCUCCGAGCAGUACGUACCAGACGUCUUCUUCAAGGACAAAGACAAGUUUGGAAAUGAUGUCACGUUUCUAGCUCGGCCUCUGCCUGUGGAGUAUCUCAUCAUAGAUAUUACUACCACCUUUCCAAAGGACCCCCAGUACACCUUCUCUUCUACACAACGCUUCCCCAUUGAGAACCGGGACAUCAUGGGAGAGACACAAAAUUUCCACAGUUUAGCAACAUACCUGUCCCAGAGCACCUCCACGUCGUUCCUGGACAUCGUGUCGGACUUCCAUCUGCUCCUCUUCCUCGUCACCAAUGAGGUCAUGCCUCUGAGAGACAGCAUUGGGUUGCUACUAGAUGCAGUGAGGACUUCUGAUGAGGAUCUGGCCCAGACCUGGAAGAAGUCGGAGCAGUGGGCCACCAUCGAGCAGCUGUGCAGUACAGUGGGUGGGCAGCCCCCCAGCUCUCAGGGUUACGGGGCCAUGGGCGGCCCCUCGGCCCCCGCCUCCUCCUCGGCCAUGUGGUCCUGCCUCCACUGCACCUUUAUGAACCAGCCCGGCACAGAGCACUGUGAAAUGUGCAGCCUGCCCCACAGUUAAAAAAACCCCACCCUGCCCCCCCUCCCCCUAUGUCCCGCCCUAAUCUCAUCCCUCCCAGCCAAUCUCCUCGCUGCACCAGGACGAGCUGCGAGAUUUGGAUUCCCUUUUUUUGUUUUUCUUUCGCCUCGCUCUGAAGCCUUCCCAUCUCACAGGCGGCUGAUGAAGGGGAUGCACUCGUUUACACCUAAUUCAAUGAGUAAAUAAAAUAAAACCAGACUGUGUUUAUUCUGUAUCCCUCCUCACAGCGGCUCUCGUGAGUCUCGUUAAGGUAAAGCACUUUUUCUUUUUUGGCUGAGGCCCCUUUCCCUCAAUGCCCCCCACCCUGAAUAAUCAGCCCGUCAAAUGAGACUGGAGUGUUUGGAUGUUCUCUCACAUCAGUGCCCCUCUCACCCUCACAACGUCUUCUGGAGUAACGUGCUGUGUAUGAAACACAUUUGAGGAAUGAUACUGUUAUUUAAUUCUUUAUUUUUUGUAUCUGAUUGUAGCGAUACCUUCAUGUUUUGAAUCUGUGGACGCUACUCAUGUAGGUCUCUUUGACAACCCCCUUAAAGUACAAUCAUCAGUUUAUUUUCAGUAUUAAUUUACUUUAAGAAUAAGUCCCAGAGUUGAAAAGGCAUACACAAAGAGCGUUUCACCCCUUACUCAACCUUAACAGUGGUUUGCACCUGAGCAAAAGAAUAUGUAGCUUAUUGUAUCAGCUGUAUGUGCCGUCUCUGAUAAAAACCCAACUAAAUGGCCAACAUUAUUACUGACUUGCACUAUAUUAGCCGCGAGGUGCUUCUAGAAACAACUGGUUCUCGCCAAUAUCCUCUCCGUCGCUCCCUACCUGGGAUUCUUCUUUUGUUUUCUCGCUGGCGCUGCUGAUGGGGCCCUGCUGGGUAACCAUGACUCAUCCUUGAAGACUCCAAGUGUGAGGGGUCACUGGUCACUACGAGGAGAGAAAAGAUGCAUAUUGAUUUCACUUGUCUCAAGCAGGAUGAUGAUGGUCCGUGUUGGAACUAAACCUUGAAGUUGGCAUGGUCUGAUUUAUGUUCUACAAAUCAUUGUAAUCUUACAAGCAUAAACCCAGAGCCUCUUCCAGCAGGAGACGUCAGAUUGAUGUUUUUUGUCUGUGUUUUGGAAGGGGCUAAGGCUUAAACCAAUGUGAAAGCACUUCGCUCUCCUCAAUGGCACUAAAAAGGGUCAGUUCAUCAAAACUGCAAAAAAGAUUUCCAUAGCUAUACGAUAUUUGAUAGCCAUACACAGUUUAUACGUCUCUGAGAGUCUGCCUUCAUCCCUGUUGAUGCAGAUGAUUGUGCUAAGAGCAUUGCAAUGUGACAGGAAGUUAUCCAUAUAAGGAGGCAGACAUCUCAGAGACAACAAAAACAAUCUCCAUUUUAAACUGCUGUGAGUGGGGAAAUGUUUUGUUUUCCAUUUCAACUAAGUAACCUUUAACAUAUCACAGUCAGCAGUAUGCAUAUGAGGAUAGUUGGUUAAAACUGGUUCUUUUUCAUAACAGUUUUUUCCCCUUUUCUUCUUUCGUGAGACACAUUUGUCGACCAAAACUUGUGAUAUCAUUUGAAACUUCCACAUCUGGCAACAAAAUGUUGAAUUAAACUACCCCGCCUAGAUUCUCGUAGCAUUUCUAGCAUCGGUUCAGCGAAAUGGACCACAUUGAUAUUGUCUGUGCAAAGUGAAGUGGGAGUCUUGGUAAGCUAAUGUGUUGCCGUAAUGACGUUUUUAGUACGAUCAACAAUAUUCUAAAAGAGCAUGUCUACAUAUAUUAAAUGAAAAGCCAGUGUAGUUUUUAAAAUCAUAUUUAAUGUCUGUCACCAACUCAUCUGGUUUGACUUGAAUGCCUUUGCUCAUACAACAGAUUUGUAGAUCCACGUCCUCCAUAUGUUUGCUGCUGACAGAAAACAUUCACAUCGCUACUUUCUUUUUCCUCAAACCUUUGUGCACUUCUCCAUGAAAUAGUUCCAUGUCAUUACUUUGCUAAAAGGGUCUGGCAGGAGUGAAUCACUAAAUACUGUGGCGUUUCAUCGGGGUGUUGCCGGGGAAACGGGCUUCUUAGUUGGGACGAGAGACGCUGGUUUGCUAUUUAUGAAUUAAUGAGACGUGUGCUUUGUAAGAGCUUGACAGUGAUUCCAUGACAUAUAUUUUUAGUUGUAGGUUAAUUUGAAAGAAGCUUGUGUGUUUUUUUGGUUUCUUUCUCUGCCCAGUUGAUAUCAUUAUUGCCUGCCCCCCCCCCCCUCCCGUGUGAGUUCUUAAGAGCGAUUUCUCUGAUGUCAUGCUAACGGACGGCGGUGACCUUUUCCUUUUGUAUUGAUCCGGGCCGUUUGCUGAGCGAGCAUGCUCUGGUCUUACAGCCGGUCCUGACCGAGGACACAGAAAGUUGUAUGCUGUUGACCUGGAUUUGAAACAAAAUAAUAAUAAAAAAAACAACAAAUUUG